UAGACGGUAGUGAGUUGAAGAACUCAUAUCUUAUGUUGAGUACGUGUUUUCACGCGCCUUCCAUUUUUUCGUCAAACGGUUGCUCGAGGUUGAAACGUAACCUUUAUCGCUCUUCAAUGGCGGCAUCUUCUGUUCGAAUUGUCAUCGUCGGCGACGUGCAUGAUUACUGGAACUUUGAACAAGAUUCCAAGGCACUUCAAUUCCUCCAGCCAGAUUUGGUGCUCUUUACAGGUGAUUUUGGUGAAGAAAAUCUUGAAGUCGUUCGAAGUGUUGCAAAUGUUGAAUUUGCUAAAGCAGUUAUAUUAGGAAACCAUGACUCCUGGUUUACUAAGAAGUUUUCUGAAAGUGAGAAGGAUAAAGUUCAGCUUCAGCUUGAAUGCCUUGGCAAGGAGCACGUGGCUUAUCAACGUUUAGAUUUACCUCUAAUAAAAGUAAGUGUUGUUGGAGGACGGCCAUUUUCUUCUGGGGGUUCCUCGUUACAUCGAAAAAAGCUGCUGUCUGCAAGAUAUGGAGUUAAAGACAUGGAUGAGAGUGCCAAGAGAAUCCAAAAAGCUGCUCUUGGUACACCAGAGAAUCAUUUUCUAAUAUUACUCGCACAUAAUGGACCCACAGGCCUUGGUUCUGGUUUGAAUGAUAUAUGUGGUAAAGAUUGGGAAAUAAAGGGUGCCGGUGGUGAUCAUGGUGACCCAGAUGUAGCACUCGCAAUAUCCUUGCUAAAAGAGAGCAAUGAGGUAUCUAUCCCAUUAGUUGUGUUCGGUCACAUGCACAAAGAGCUUGCACAUGGCAAUGGUUUUAGGAAAAUGAUUGUUAUUGGGGCUGACAACACGAUAUAUUUGAAUGGGGCCAUUGUUCCAAGGGUCAAAAGUUUGGAUGACGGCAACAAGAGAAGCUUAGACAAUGAAAGUCCUGAGGUAAAAGGUACAGCAAGAGCCUUUACUUUAGUUGAGCUUUCAGAAGGAAGAGUUACCAAGAUUGCAGAAAGUUGGGUAGCAGUUGUUGAAGAUAGGACCACAUUAAUAGAAGAAUAUGUAUUAUUUGAGCGCAGUUAAGAGUCAAGAUCCCCAUCUUCUAUGUUUAGAUUCCUGCUUCAAUCACAUGGUCUAGAUCAUUUUCACAUUUGCUUUUGUAUGGACCCAAAUGACAAUUGCAGUUGGUUGUGUUCUUUGUGAUCCUAUCUGGUCCAUUAAAUGUUUCCCAUAACUUUGAGAUAUUCCAAAGUAAAGGCUAAAGAUAACCAUGACAUUGAAGGCUGACAAAGGCUAAAGAUGAUCAUGACAUUGAAGGUUAACCAAAUUUGUGAUGAUUUUCUUUUGGUGAA